AUUUAGUAUAUUGUGACCUUCUAGAAAACAGAAAGGUUAGAAAAUAGUACAAAAUUAAGUCAACAUGUUGGCCCCAAAGAUUGUCCUCGUUACUGGUGCCAACAGAGGGAUUGGUCUUGAGUUUGUCAAACAGUUCCUUCUGCUAAAGUCACCACCAAAGUAUAUUUUUGCUUGUUGCCGGCAGCCUGACACAGCGGAGGAGUUAAAAGGGGUGGCAAAAGGAAAUCCAUCAGUUCAUGUCCUUAAGUUAGAUGUGUGUGAUCAAACCUCCAUCGAUACUGCCAAGGCAUUUGUAGAGUCAAAAGUAGAAGCCGAGGGCUUGAAUCUCCUCAUCAACAAUGCUGCAAUCGUAAGCCUUGCAGACUUGUAUACCGUCACACGUGAAGAUAUGGCCAAAGUAUACGAAACCAAUGCCAUUGGACCACUGAUGGUUGUUAAGAGCUUUUUACCCCUGUUGAAGAAAGCAGCAAGUGUCGAUCCCUCUGCAGCAAUGUCAUGCAACCGUGCUGCCAUUAUAAACAUAUCUUCAGACGUUGCAUCCAUUUCAGGGAACUCAUCCAGUGGAUAUUAUGCUUACAGAGCAUCUAAGGCUGCACUCAACAUGAUCACGACAAACAUGAGCCUUGACCUUAAGAAUGAGGGUAUCCUAGCAACGGCCAUUCACCCUGGUUGGGUGAAGACAGACAUGGGCGGUCCAACCGCCUCAAUUGACACGGUCAAGAGUGUGACAGGAUGCAUGUCUGUCAUGGAGAAACUGCAUGGGGAGGAGGGAACUGGCAAGUUCUACCAUGGAGUAACGGGCGAUACAAUUGGCUGGUAGAAAUAUAAUGUCAUAUUUCUGGUGGAUGUAAACUGACAUUUGAUUGGCUGACGAAAUGGAAGUAAUCUUGGAUUACAUGUAUCUGGUGAAUGUUCCUAUAUCAUUCAUUAUUUGUAGUUUUCUUUCAACCUUUUUUUACGAAAUUAUUCUGGAAAUGCUACAUUUUGGACAAAACACCAAUAUAUAGGUGCAAAUCAAGCUGGCACAUUUUUGAUCUUUUCAAAUUCACUUACUGUAUCAACUAUUAUUUACAUACAGCCAAUCCUUUGUGAAAAAGAUUGAUUAGCAUUAUAGGUACCUAUAACUUUUGAAAACCCCAUAUAAUAACACCUUUAAGAGCUGGUUUCUUAUUAACAGUAUGAGAAAUACAUUGCCACAUUGCUGAACUUUGCGUUUAAAUGGAAAUAUUGAAUAACGAGAGCACCGCGUAACGGUUGCCACACUCUGCUGCGGGUGCAGUUUUGACUAAAUGAAAGCAUGUCAGAUUUUUUUUUAAAGGUCACAGUGACCUUGACCUUUGACCUAGUGACCCAAAAAUGGGUGUGGCGUUUAGAACUCAUCAAGGUGCAACUGCAUAUGAACUUUCAAUGCUGUAGGUGGUAGCACUUUCUUUUUAGAACCAAUGUCCAAAACGUUAACAAAAUGUUAAGGUUUUAGGAGGGCAGAUGCCAGACAACGAGCUGGUUAUGACAAUACCUCGGGAUUUCUCCGAAAACAGCCGAGCUAAAAAUGUGCAUAUAGUCUGGAAUAGUUCACUUUGCAAAACAAAUGAACAAUUGUUGUCAUAACAUAUAUGACCACUUGUGCAUAUUAUUUGACUAAUCAGGUGUAUUUGAAUGUUGUAUUGGUUUGAAACAUCAAUAUUGUGCCAUAAGUCUGUACAUGUAUAUGAAAAUAUAUGCAAGUUUUGAUGGAAAUAAUAAUAAAGCUUAGUUAUCUUC